AUGUUUCGUUUUCCGGUGAGUCUUGGAGGUUCAUGUGACAAUACGAAGCAGUCACAGCCAUCAGAUGAGCAGCAACAUCGGGUGGUGAUGGAUGAAGUUGACUUUUUCAGGUCGGCGGAGAAGAGAGAUAGGGUUUCAAGUGAUGAACAGAAUGUUAUCACCGAUGAGGCUCAUAGGGUUAACGUGAAAAGGGAAAAUUCACGUGUUGAUGAUCAUGAUAAUCGUUCGACGGACAUCAAUAUUGGACUUAAUCUUCUCACUGCGAACACGGGAAGCGACGAGUCGAUGGUGGAUGAUGGAUUGUCUGUGGACAUGGAAGAGAAACGUACAAAGUCUGAGAAUGCACAACUUAAAGAAGAGCUAAAGAAGGUGUUGGAAGAGAAUCAAAGACUAAAAGAAAUGCUAAAUCAAACAACCAUCAACUUCAACUCCAUGCAGAUGCAACUUGUUUCUGCCAUGAGGCAACAAGAAGAUCAUCAUCAUCUGGCUACAACCGAGGGCAAAGACAAAGCCAAUCAACGACAUGAAGCGCCAGAAAUUGUUCCGAGACAGUUCAUCGAUUUGGGACUACCCUCUGCUGACGUAACUUCCGAGGAGAGGAACACGGUUAGGUCAGGUUCUCCACCAUCGCUUCUAGAGAACUCUAACUCUCGUCAGAGCGGGAAAAGAUUGCUUGCAAGAGAAGAAAGUCCAGAGACCGAAUCUAACGGCUGGGGAAGCCCUAACAAAAUUCCUAAACACUUGCACCCGUCCUCCAGUGGUAAUGGCGAUGGCAGUAGCAAUAUUGGCGCCAAUGCCAUUGAUCGUGCGGCCGCAGAAGCCACCAUGCGUAAAGCACGUGUCUCUGUUCGUGCUAGAUCCGAAGCUCCCAUGCUAAGUGAUGGAUGUCAAUGGAGAAAAUACGGACAGAAAAUGGCAAAAGGAAACCCUUGUCCUCGAGCUUAUUACCGCUGCACAAUGGCCGUUGGAUGUCCUGUUCGCAAGCAAGUGCAACGUUGCGCAGAAGACAGAUCCAUUCUCAUAACAACCUACGAAGGAAACCAUAACCAUCCAUUACCUCCAGCGGCUAUGACAAUGGCUUCAACCACAACCGCAGCUGCAAGCAUGCUUCUCUCUGGCUCCACAAUGUCGAGCCAAGACGGAUUAAUGAACCCAACAAAUCUAUUGGCUCGGACCAUGUUGCCUUGUUCCUCAAGCAUGGCCACUAUCUCAGCCUCAGCACCAUUCCCAACCAUUACGUUAGACCUCACAGAAUCAUCAACCAACGGCAACAAUCCAGCUAACAACAAUCCGUUGAUGCAGUUCUCUCAACGGUCAGGUUUCUCGCAGCUGGACCAAUCGGGUUUGCCUCAAAUGAUGGGUCAAGCUUUGUAUUAUAACCAACAACAGUCCAAAUUCUCCGGUUUACAGAUACCUUCUCAGACGAUGAACGCUGGUGAGAGCGUUAGUGCUGCCACGGCCGCUAUCGCUGCCAAUCCGAACUUUGCAGCGGCUCUAGCCGCAGCUAUAACGUCUAUUAUCAACGGUUCGAACAAUCAUCAGAGCGGAAACAAUAAUAAUAGUAAUGUUGCAACGAGUGACAAUAGGCAAUAA